AUGAAUGAAAACGUGGUGGCUUCGCGCAAGCCAUUUAUCGCAGUGAGCAUUGCCUAUCGUCUCGGUCCUUGGAGAUUCUUCAAUGGGGUCGAGUUCGCCCAUGUGGGAUCGUUGAAUCUGGGGCUCAAAGACCAGCGCCUGGCCCUGCACUGGGUAAAAGAGAACAUCGCAGGUUUCGGUGGUGAUCCAAAUACAGUUGUGAAUCACGGGCGGAGUGCCGGUUCCGAGAGCGUAGGAUACCAAGUCCGCGCGUACAACGGCCGAGAUGACGGGCUCUUCCGCGGGGGCAUGAUGGAGUCCGGCGCGGUGCUACCUGGAAGUGCAUUGAGAUUGACUUCGGCAUAUGAGCCAUGGUUUCAAAGGAUAGCAGGCGAGGCAGGAUGUUUCCAGGCCAUUUGCAAACUGGACUGCCUACGCCGCAUGCCCUUUACAGUCUUAAACAACAUCCUGAGCACGACUGCCAACGACUGCCAACGACACAACGCCUUACAACUGGAGGCCCACAGUCGACGGUGA